AUGCAAGUCGCCAGCCGCAUCCUUUUGAUCUGGGGCAUCGUUUACCCAUUCCCCAACACCGUCGCCUUUUCUCCCGUCUAUAGCUCCAUGCUCAUCGCCUGGUCCGUCACCGAAGUAAUCCGUUACUCGUACUUUGCCAUCAACCUGUCUACUGGCAGCGUCCCUGCCAUCUGGAUGUGGCUGCGUUACAACACUUUCUUCAUCCUCUAUCCUCUAGGCAUCAGCAGCGAGUGUUGGUUGGUCUGGUUGGCUGCCACCGGACCCGCAAAGCAAUAUACUGGUGUUAGAGAGGCUCUGUUUGCCAUUCUCUUGAUUUAUAUUCCUGGUAAGUGGUUUUCGUACCUUUGGAAAGAUCUAGGGGAAAAAGAGGCUGAUAUUGAGACUUCAACUUUAGGCUCGUAUAUUCUGUUUACGCAUAUGAUGGCCCAGCGCCGCAAGAUCAUGCGUGGAACCCACGCAAAGACAAACUGA